CCCACUUUGUGCCCCAUUUCCCACCUGAAGCUCUGCAGUCUGUGUUUUCGCUACGAGAAUGAACGACGAUCCAAGCAAAAUAUCCGUCCUCGACGACGCGCACGCCGGCGCAUUCCGGGAAGCGUUGGCUAGGAUCCUGUCGACGCAGGUUGCCGAAUUCACAUUCUCGGAAAUCCUCGAUGGUCUCCCAACCGUAGACUCAUUCCUCGAGUUCCACGUGUAUACUAAUCAAGAGAACCCCGUCUUUGAGCUGAACCAUACCUUACUAUGCCCGGGCGUUGUCCAGAGGACACGGGCCUUCAGGGACGCCUUUGAUCCACUCGCGUUGACAUUUCCGCCUGGGCUCCUCUCGGCCUUUCAGCAAAGCUACCCGGGCACCCAGCGGUUCGAGCUGAGGCUAAUCGAGCUCUUGGCUGUCUCGUGCCACCAAAUCGCCGUCUACCUAUACAGCCUCGACGAUGGCGUUCACCCACAUCGCGUCUAUGAGGAGUGGCGGGAUUUGCCCCGCGAGCGUGUACAUGGCCCCUUCCAGUACAUCGCGCCAAUUCCUUUCUACCAUGGCAGUUAUUUGGCCCAUACACAGUACCCCAACGGCCUGGCCGAUGUCGUGGGUUACUGGGCCGAGGCGAAGAUCUUCGGUGGCGUUGUGCUUUUCGACCGUGGAGAGUCUGGCACAGAGUGUCGAGACCUCUUCCUACAUCCGGGCCGCUACAAGGGCCCUCGAACCAUCUACCCGCCCACACCGAAGCAAUACGACGCUCUGAUCGACUUCCUCCUCGGACAAGCACCGCCAACCGACGGCUCCAACUGCCCGAUCCCGAUUCACCCUACUCUAGAGAAUCGCUGGCGUUUCGAUCCGUGGGAUUCCAUGACGCGCUUCAACAUUUUCCGCGACCGCUACGAACGCAAGCCGCCUAGAGGCAGUAAACCCCGCAGCUGUGUACGGUCCGAAGUCCGUAAGGGCAAGCCUUUGAACCAAGCCGCCAUGGCCGCCGCCUUGCAGCGUUUGCGGCAGAUCACGCCCUCGUCGCCACUUUGGGCAGACUGGGGCAAUGUAGGGUCAGUUGUGUUUUAUCGUCUCCAUAAACCUGAGGAGGUAUCCCGAUACUCUUUGGAAUUCGGUUCUUCUACAGUCGACAAAUAG